AUGACGACUAGAGCCAGCCAACUAGCCGGACAACCGCUUUGCACGCGCGGGCGAUUCUCGAAAAACCUAAGAUUGCGUGCGUGCCAACAGGGGAGCGAGGCAGGAGGGUUACCGUACGAAGACAAUCGCAACAGUGAGCUCCGCCUCACUCUCCCCCUCUCAUUCUCCCUCCCUUGCGCUCCCCCAUUCAAUCUCCAACCCUCGACCUCCCCCUCUGAUUCUCCCUCCCUCGACCUCCCCUUCUCAUUCUCCCGCCCUCGACCUCCCCCUCUGAUUCUCCCUCCCUCGCGCUCCCCCAUUCAAUCACCAACCCUCGACCUCCCCCUCUCAUUCUCCCUCCCUCGCGCUCCCCCUCUCAUUCUCCCCCUCUGA